AUGGCAUCAAUCGUCCCGCUCCAGGCCUUCCGGCCUGAUUUGCACGAACGUGCUUGGGCGUCAAUACCGCACCCAACACUGCCGUUGAUUGCCACCGCCCACGCAAAGGCCGUCACGGUUUUCUCCCUCUCCACUUUCUCGUCCCAUAGCACUCUCACCGGUGGCCACACCCGGUCCGUUCGAUCCCUCGCCUGGAAGCCAGGCCUGCCUUCUCACAAGCUUUGCCUCGUUUCCGGAAGUUUCGAUGCCACCGCCGGACUCUGGCGCUGGGAUGGCGACGCCUCGGCCCAGACCCAUGCUGACGGAGAAAUGCUCGAGACCGAGAUCAUGCCUAGUCGAUGCGACUACGAUAGCGAUGCAAGCCAUUCGCAAGACAAAAACUGGGACUUCACCCUCGUUCUGGAGGGGCAUGAUUCAGAAAUCAAGUCCUGCGCUUUCGCACCCUCCGGAGCCUAUCUCGCCACCUGUUCGCGUGACAAGUCUGUGUGGAUCUGGGAAGACAUUGGCGCGUCCGAAGCAGAUGACGAAUGGGAGACAAUUGCCGUUCUCAACGAACACGAGGGGGAUGUCAAGGCCGUGGCCUGGUGCCCAGAUGUCCCUGGGAGGAAGUCCCGUCGCCAGUUUGGCUCAGAUGUCCUUGCCAGCGCCAGUUACGACAACUCUGUCCGCAUCUGGAGGGAGGAUGGCGAUGGCGAGUGGGCUUGCGUUGCAGUUCUCGAGGGUCAUGAAGGAACCGUCUGGGGUAUCGAGUGGGAACCCAGGCCACAGCACAGCCGGUUUCCCCGACUGCUCAGCUACUCAGCUGAUGGAACGAUUCGCCUCUGGGCGCUGCAACAAGAAGACGACGAGGAUGAGGACGGCGGCAGCAACAGCAGUGCUGGCUUUGCUGCACGCAGCGCUCUUGGAGGGAUUCCCAACACCAUGAGGCGGUCGUUGAGAGAAGAAUGGACGUGCACACAUAUUCUGCCCAAGGCACAUGACCGAGAUGUAUACUCGGCAACGUGGAGCAGAGAGACUGGACUGGUGGCUAGCACCGGCCGUGACGGCAAGAUUGCGCUCUACAGAGAGAACGGUCCGUCCAGUCAGCCAUCCACAGAAGCGAGCCACAAUGGUGACGAAGGCUCGGCGGACCAAACCAGCCUGAACGAAGCCAGCGAGCCUAUUCCGACCUCGCCGACAAUACCUCCAACGACUUGGGAUGUGUUGGCCAUCUUGCCCAAUGCCCAUGGACCGUUUGAAGUCAACCAUGUCACCUGGUGUCGACGUCACGAUGCCGCUUGCGAACGGCGUGGCAAGGAAGAAAUGUUGGUGACGACUGGGGACGAUGGCCUGGUACGGGCAUGGCAAGUCGGCGUCAAAGGCCACGGCGGCGCAGGGGGGUGUUUCUGA